AUGGCUGGGUAUCCUCCACCCUACGGUGUUCCUGCAGUUCACUAUGUUCCACAAACCUAUUAUACUGCUGGUUAUGUCCCAGCGGCGGUUCAGCCAGCCAUAUCCGUACCUACGUUUCAGCCAGUUUCAUCAAACACGUGGGUCGAGCACACAUCGCACGAUGGCCGCAAAUACUACUACAACACCGUAACUAAAGUUACAACAUGGGAAAAGCCCGACGAACUCAAAACGACUGCCGAAAGGUUGCUUGCGCUUUGUCCAUGGAAAGAGCACAAGUCGGAUUCUGGAAAGCCCUAUUACUUCAACACUCAGACGAAACAAUCUGUUUGGACUAAACCGCAAGAGUUGGCUGAUGCAGAAGCAAACGCACUAUCGGCUGACAGUUCUGCAUCUGCGCUUGCGUCUGCACCCUUGCCGUCUAUUGUAGCUAUCGGAACUCCCAUUACACCAGCCACACCAAGCGAUGAUCCCAAGCCUAACGAGCCGUCCGCGAUGGAACUGGCAAUGAAAGCCACCCUUGCCUCUAUUGGUACAGAUAAAUCCUCAGCUAACAGCCAGGACCUUAAUUCUUCCAACAUCCCUCUCCCCCCACAGACUGCAGACCAUGAGGUCAAGACUGAUCUUCCUCCAUCACACAACGACGAUUCUCGAAAGGGAACGAACUUCAUUUCUGGAACUCCUCCUCCCCCACCUACUCCUGCUGCUCCUGAAUAUAAAACUCGUGGAGAAAUGGCCGAGGGUUUACGUCAACUUUUUAAAGAAAAGGGUGUCCCAGGUAACGCGACCUGGGAACAAGCUUUGAAGCUGAUUGGGGACGAUCCGAGGUAUGCCGUUUUGCGGAACUUUGUAGAGAAGAAACAGAUAUUCAAUGUGUACAAGACGCAGCGCCAGAAAGAGGAACGUGAAGAGCAAAGAAUGCAGGCAAAACAGGCAAAGGAAAAUCUUGAAAAGUUUUUGUUACAAACUAAGAAGAUUCAUUCGACGAUGUCAUACCGAAAAGUUGAUCAGGUCCUAUCUGAUGUUCAGGAGUGGACAAGUGUACCAGACCACGACCGUAGGAUACUUCUCGCCGAUGCCAUUCAGGAAAUUGCCAAACGAGAGAAAGAGGAGGCAAAAACAUUACGAAAACGUAAUAUCAAGGUUUUUAAUGAAAUACUGAAUACCAUGCCCAACUUGACUUACCGAACUACGUGGAGCGAAGCCCAACAAAUGCUGUUAGACAAUUUCAAAUUUACAAGUGAUUUGGAGCUCCAAAAUUUGGACAAGGAGGAUGCCCUUCUGCAUGAAAGGCAGCUCUUGACGUCGACUUCAUUGUGGAAGGACCUCUUUACGAUCAUAAAUCACGAUGAACGGUUUCAUGCGAUGCUUGCACAACGUGGCUCAACUCCCCUCGACCUCUUCAAGUUCUACGUGGAAAGUCUCAAGGCGCGUUUUCCCAUUGAGAAGAAGCUCAUUAAAGAAAUUCUCAAGGAGACCGGUACUACCGUCGAAUUAUCCUCCUCCUUUGAUAACUUCAAAGAGGUACCUGGGUCAACUUCUUCUCCUUCUUAUAUUUCUCCUCUCACUGUUUUUUUUGAUGUGAUUUGA